GGCGCGCUCAGACAGCAACAAGGCGCUGCGAGGACCUUAGGAGUUCUGUCGGCCCGUUGAGAGGUGCGCGCGCAGCAGCCGUUGACAGGAAAGCCUUGAAGGAAGAAAGAGGGGGAGGCCUCACGGCUGAGGGGGUCCCUUUGGGGUGGUUGGUGGCCACUUCUGAGAGUCUGUUAGCCCAGGUACCAGCUACUGAAAAUGUCAGGGGAAGGCCCUGACUCUCACAUUACUGAGGUGAAACCAUUAGUGGACAAAGAGGAGGCAAUCACACAUCUCCUGCCUGAUGGCAAUGUGCAGGAACAAGAUAUUGAGACGGUGCAUGGCUCUGUUCAUGUCACCAUGUGUGGAACCCCACGGGGAAACAGACCUGCCAUCCUGACCUACCAUGAUAUUGGACUGAACCACAAAACUUGCUUCAACCCCCUCUUCAAUUAUGAGGAUAUGCUGGAAAUCACACAGCAUUUUGCAGUCUGCCACGUGGAUGCCCCUGGGCAGCAGGAUGGUGCAGCCUCUUUUCCACCAGGGUACAUGUACCCAUCUAUGGAUCAACUGGCUGAAAUGCUUCCUGGAAUUCUGAAACAGUUUGGACUGAAAAGUGUGAUUGGAAUGGGAACUGGAGCAGGUGCCUACAUCUUAACCAGAUUUGCUCUUAAUUAUCCUGACAUGGUGGAAGGACUUGUGCUUAUUAAUGUCAACCCAUGUGCUGAGGGAUGGAUGGACUGGGCAGCAACCAAGAUUUCUGGAUGGGCUCAUGCUUUACCAGAUAUGGUAAUUUCACAUCUUUUUGGCAAGGAAGAGAUUCACAACAGUCAGGAUUUGAUCAAUACUUACCGCCAGCACAUCAUCAAUGACAUGAAUCAAAACAAUCUGCAUCUCUUUGUCAACUCCUACAACAGCCGAAGAGACCUAGAUAUUGAGCGUCCUGUGCCUGGGACAACUGUUGUUACCCUACAGUGCCCUUCACUGUUGGUGGUUGGAGACAGCUCACCUGCAGUUGAUGCUGUGGUUGACUGCAAUGCUAAACUUGACCCAACAAAGACCACACUUUUGAAGAUGGCUGACUGUGGUGGUCUUCCCCAAGUUUCUCAGCCUGCAAAACUUGCUGAAGCUUUCAAAUACUUUAUCCAAGGAAUGGGUUACAUGCCUUCUGCCAGCAUGACCAGACUAAUGAGAUCCCGCACAGCAUCCGGCUCUAGCAUUUCUUCCCUUGAUGCUGGCAGGACCAGAUCCCACACUGGCGAGGGAUCCCGAAGCAGAUCCCACACUGGAGAGGCUGUUCGGAAUCGAUCUCACACAGAUACGCACAUUGAGCUCACUCCCAAUUCUGCAAACAACAACAAGCAGUCAAGCCCCAAGUCAAUGGAAGUUUCAUGUUAGAUUGGCUUGAGUUGGAAGCAAGAUGUAACCGCCACCCACUGUGUAUCAUAAUAUUUAACCUAAAAUGUUUUCUGUAACACAUGGCAUUGUCCCUCACCCAGAGUUCAACAGGGACCAAUAAAGCAGACAUCUCAAUUGCUCUGUUCCCCUAACAGAGAUUUGCUGCUAUUUUUUCCUCCAACUAAAUCUAGAUUGCUAUUACACACAUCCAGUGGUAAAGCUAACAGCAUUUGUAGACAAAAUUGACACCAAAACUGCCUGAGGUCCUGCUAAGAAACAAAUUUUUUGAAGCAGAACAUAAACCUCCUUCCUUUAUUCUUACAGUUUAUGAAAAUGGUCCCAUAUGACUUGAAAAGUUUGUUUUAUGGAGAAAGGCACAAUGGAAGACUUCUUAGAGAAAGCCUCAGGUUGAAGCUGGAAUUACUAACAUAUGUACAUAUUAAUCACAUGGUAACAUGUGUCUGGCCUUGUGAGUAGUGUUUGAGGCCUAUUUUUCCUACACGAAUAUGUAAUAAUUACAAUAGGGAACUUGGUGCAACUUUUGGGCAAGCAAAUUUUCAGCCUUUAUGUCAUAUUACCUAUGAUUUAGUUGCAGUCUUUUCCCCCUUUAGAACUUAAUUUGCUUACCCAAGUACAGUAAAUGUUCAAAACCUUCUGAAAGGAAUGUUAGAGUUUGGUUUUGGGGUUUGUGUCUCAAAAAACAUUAGGAGACAACAAAGCCUAGUUGGCAUAGUUGCACUACUUAGGGCAAUUGCAGGUGGUGUUGGGAAGCCCUCCAUUUUUACCACAAGUUGUUUAAUUUCUUUUUCUUUGCUUGCUUGAGGCUUUUUGGCAGUUGUACAAACGUUGGGUUCUCCAGUCCCAACUUCAGCAAUAAUUUGUUGUAGAAGUGUGGAAAUGUUAUAUAAUGAUUAUCCUGUAGAGUCAACUGCCACAUGGUUCAGUCUCUUAAAAAUUCAGGCUUAGAACGGGUGCUUUAUAAAUGUAUCUCGUCAUGUUAAUGGGGUUGAGAGAUGCAAGGCUGAAAUGGAGAAUUCGUUGAAUGGUUGUAAAUGUAGAGAUGUGUUGAUUCUGCAACUUAACGCUCUCCUCCCCACAUUUGGGAAAUUGGGUAACUCAGCAGAUUUCAAACAUAGAUGGGAACAAUAGUUUAUACAGAUUAUCUUUUUCUCACUGGCUUCCAGUUUGCUAUAUCACAGUUCUUAAUAUAGCUAAUGAAUGUUGGAUAUCAAGCAUUCAAAACAUCUCGACAUCUUGAAUAGCUUGGGUAGUACAAGGGAGCUAAUUUUUAGUCUAGGUUUAAGCACCUCUUUUAAGAAUGACAACGAGUUAUACUGGGCGCUUUAUAAGGAGGAACAGCAGACUGUCAUUGAGAGGCUAAACUUGUCUAUUGGGAAAAGUUUUUAUUAAUGAAUUAUUUGUAUUUAUUUGAAAAAUAUAUAAAUUUGUAACUUUG